GACAUUAAUAAUGUCCCCUUCUGUCACAGUGCCCACAUGACUGCAUAAAGUCAAUAAGUCUGCCGUUCAUCUUAUGUUGUGCAAUGUGUAGCUAAAUAUUCUCCCCAAUAUAUACACUAUUCAUGAUAAUAAUGCAUUUUAUUUAUAGAAGUGCUUUUAAAGACGCUAAUAGCAAACUCCCUACACACUGCCGAUACUACAUGUGCAUCUCAAUUAAUCAGAGAAUUUGAUUACAUUAGAUUACCUCUUUGAUCCCUUGGAACCUGAGGGAAAUUCAAGUUCUAAUAUCAGCAACACUGUAUGUAGUAUACAAGGCAGUAGUGGCAAUAGCAGCACAGCAGUUUUCACAGUUUUUAAGUCUCUUGGUUUUGUGGAGGAACAGCCUGAACAUCAGUCAUCAGCUUGCAGAUGGUGACUGGCAUCAUCUGUGAUGGCCAACAGUUUGUCCCAAGAUCUUCUCUCUGCAACUGUCACCAGGUCAACGUUGGCUGCGUCCCAAAGAAGGUCAUGUGGAAUGCAGCGGUGCACGCCGAGUACCUCCACGACCACGCCGACUACGGCUUUGACGUUGGAAGCGUUCAUUUCAGCUGGGAAGCACUGAAAACAAAACGGGACGCUUAUGUCCGUCGUCUGAACCACAUUUAUCGUAACAAUCUCGACAAGGCAAAAAUCCAGACCAUCGAAGGUCACGCCAGGUUCACCAGCGAUCCUGAGCCGACAGUGGAGGUAAGCGGCAGGAAGUACACGGCGCCACACAUCCUCAUCGCCACCGGAGGACAGCCUUCUGUGCUGAGCGAUACUGAGGUUCCAGGAGCAAGUCUUGGCAUCACCAGUGAUGGCUUUUUUGAACUUGAAAGCCUUCCAAAACGUAGCGUCGUUGUGGGUGCUGGUUACAUUGCUGUGGAGAUGGCGGGCAUCCUCACCACCCUGGGGUCCAAAACGUCCCUCAUCAUACGACAGAGUGAAGUUUUGAGGAACUUUGACAGCUUCAUCAGCACAAACUGCACCAAAGAGCUGCAGAAUUCGGGCGUGGACUUGUGGAAAAACUCUCAGGUGAAGUCAGUGCAUAAAACUGACGCGGGGCUGGAGGUGACGCUCGCCACCAUAGACCAGGAGAAGGGUAAUGGCGAGGAGAAGACCAGUACAAUUCAGGAGGUGGACUGUCUCCUGUGGGCUAUCGGCAGAAAGCCCAACACGUCUGGGCUGAACAUCGGCGAGUUGGGUGUGGACACGGAUGACAGAGGCCACAUUGUGGUGGACGAGUACCAGAACACCAGUCGACCAGGAAUCUACGCAGUGGGAGAUGUUUGUGGAAGAGCUCUUCUCACGCCCGUUGCCAUCGCCGCAGGCAGGAAGCUGGCACACAGACUGUUUGAGGGCAAGAAGGACUCCAAGUUGGACUACUCCAACAUUCCCACGGUGGUGUUCAGCCACCCGCCUAUUGGCACCGUGGGCCUCACAGAAGAGGAGGCCAUCAUAGCCAGAGGCAAGGAGAACGUGAAGGUCUACAAGACCUCCUUCACGUCACUCUACCACGCCAUCACCAGCCGCAAGAGUCCUUGCAUUAUGAAGCUAGUGUGUGCGGGCAAGGAGGAGACGGUGGUGGGUCUGCACAUGCAGGGUCUGGGCUGCGACGAGAUGCUGCAGGGCUUCGCUGUGGCCGUCAAACUCGGUGCUACCAAAGCGGACUUUGACAAGACCGUCGCCAUUCACCCCACCUCCUCCGAGGAGCUUGUUACCAUGCGUUAAAAGAACACAAGUGGCCUUCUGGUAUCACGAUACCAUCACCAAAGCACAUGCACACCAGAUUAUAGUCUGUAGUAUGAAGAUUUGCUUUAUAAAACCACACGCUUCCAUUUACACUCAUAUAAGCCACCCUCGUUGUGCACAGUGGUUCAUUUUUCUGACUUUUCUGACCCAAAUGGAACACGACUGAGUUGUGGCUUUCUGAAAUUGUACUGUAGGUCAUGAUGACUGAGUGAUUAUUAUGAUUCUAUUUUAAUAAUUGGUGUGAAAUGGAAGUGAUGCAUCUGGAUGGCAAGUCCAAAGACCUCAAUUUUAUUGUAUUAUGUUGUCAGUCAUUUGUCAAAACACUCCCUCAAAAGACAGCAAUGAGGGAAUAUAACAGUGCAUUGAGAAAUAAACAUGCAUUCUGUUUUCAUA